AUGUGCGGCAUUCACGUUGUUCUUUCCUCGAGCUCCCCGCACACGCCCAGCCAUGACCUGGCCACCCGGCUGCGCAAUCGGGGGCCCGAUCAUUUGGGCCGCAUCGUAGCGCAUGUCGGACCUGGCGCGGAGACUCUGACCUGCACCUCAACCGUGCUUGCGUUCCGCGGGAACCACUUCACGGCACAGCCCUUCUACGACUCCCAGACCGGGUCCGUUCUCUGCUGGAAUGGAGAGGCCUGGAGGAUCGCCGGGCGCGAGGUCGAGGGAAACGAUGGCGAAGCUAUCUUCGGCCUACUCGCGGGAGCCAGUGCUUCGGGCGCUGCGCUGGAUGCCAGAGGCGGCAUUCUUGAUGCUCUUCGUUCCGUCGAAGGCCCCUUCGCCUUCGCAUAUUUCGACAAACCCUCGCAAACCCUCUUCUUCGGGCGCGACCGACUGGGACGUCGGUCUCUUGUAUUUUGCCAGGAUGAGGCGAGCGGCACCUUCAUACUCUCCAGCGUUCCGGAGUCCUGCGAUCCUGCUUGGAAGGAAGUAGAGCUGGGUGGCAUUUACCACCGGCCUCUUGGUGCUACUUCAGGGAAUUCUCUUACUGUCUCGCGGAACGACUGGCAAGCUGACGGCCAAGGCGAUCUGAUAUCGGGAAUCGGCGUGUUCAAUGUAUCUGGACCGCCUAAGGCCGCCUGUCUGACCGCUUCCUCACCGUCCGUCCGGUCGCUGAGGCAGCAGCUGAGCGAGUCACUUCGCUUCCGUGUCUGGAACAUCCCCAAGCCGCCCAUGGAGGAUGACACCCGAGACGACACGAGGGUUGCCGUGCUGCUCUCCGGCGGCCUGGACUGCUCGGUCCUCGCAAGGCUGACGCGCGAGCUGCUGGAUGAUGGCUACGGCAUCGAUCUCCUGACUGUUGCCUUCGAGAAUCCCCGCGUAAAUGUGCCAUACUCGGAGACAUUGGCGCAUCGCAAGGAAGUGGUGUCUCUAAUCUACCCCCACGACACAGAGAUGGACCUCUGGAAAGCGUAUGCUCUGUAUUUUGCAGCGCGCGGCCAGGGGUUAUGCGCUGAGGCCGGAGCGCCUGAGGCCCAGUACACCACACCGGCCCGACUCUUUGGUGGAUACGCGCGGCAUGCCACGGACUUUUCAAGGGAGGGCCAUGCCGGCUUGGUUAACAAGCUUAAGCUCGACAUCGGGCGCGUGGCGAAGCGAAACCUAGGUAGAGACGACCGCGCCAUGGCACACUGGGGGAAAGAAGUACGAUUCCCCUACCUGGAUGAGCGCCUAGUGCGGUGGGCUAUCGAGACGCCGGCCUGGGAAAAAUGCGACUUCGCCAACGGGGAGGACAUUUCUGGUGUCGAGGCGGUCAAGAGGGUUCUCCGGCUCCUAGCUCUCGAGCUGGGGACGGAGGGCGUCGCGAGGGAGAAGAAGCGAGCGAUACAGUUCGGCGCGAGAACUGCAAAAAUGGAAACUAGCAAGGCCAAUAACUUUACCAAGAUAUCGUGA